AUGCAGAGUUUGCACUCCACUUCUCCAUCAUCUGGGACCGCACAGUCUUGUGGUAGUGGCAGGGGUGGUUUUUGUGUCCUCCCGCUCAUCCUAGCCCUGGGCGCAGGCGUAGCUACCUCUGUUGCAGCCAGCGGGCUGCGCUGUGACUCACAAGGUGAAGUUACCAGAGAACGAGAAGCACAGCACGAAAACACGAACCCCAACACUAGACAGCUGCAGGACUCUGUCGGUUUUCAUUAG